CCCACAUAUUUAUUUACUUCGAAGUUUUAUAUUUGCUACUUCACGUAAACACAGCCCGUUUCGAGGUUUAUAUCUGAACAUAUAACGUACUAUGUGGUUGAAAAGGUAAAGCUAAAUGGAUAAUUUGUCUGAUCUCUUAGAAAAAUUACGAAUUUUCCUCUCUGGCGAAGAGAUUUCGAAUAACGAUGACCAACACCCUCCUGAUGUCGGUCUUGUCAGGACAGUGCUUGAAGCAUUAAAACAAAACGAAGGUAUUAUAUUUAUAACUUGUUAUCUUCGUAGACGGAGUAAUGAAAGUUGUUAAAAUAGGGCCUGUCAUCUGAAUUUUCAGUUGUAUGCUGUAAUAGGUCCCAGAAAGUUCAUUUAGGUUUCCUAUUCAAUAGGGGUGAUCUGGACAGUCCAUAUCAGGGUGUGGUCAAACUCUGGUGCUUGCAACAAUCUCACGACAGACUUAACUUAAGACCGAGUCGGUUUGACAUAAUGUAACUCUGUGCUUGGUGGGAAUCGAACCCACAACCUUUGGCUUGCUAUAGUCCAAUGCUCUACCAACUGAGCUAUGAGGUCAGGCAUGUAGUAAAACACUGACUACCGGAACACCACUGGAACACCACCAUUUUGUUUGCGGUUAGGGUUUGGGGUUAGGGUUGGGGUUGGCGGUUGGGGUUAGGUGGUGUUCCGGUGUUCCGGUAGUCAGUGUUUUACUACAUGCCAUCAGGUCAAGUCGGUUCUAGUGUGUGGGUGAUAUUUUAUAGAACUCAGUCUAGUUCUUUCAAAAUCAGUAUGGGUUUACGAUUGUAGUUUAAUGUACUCAGGUGAAAUUAUUUGAGAUGAUGCUUGUGAUGUUACUCCGAGUGUGUAUGCACACCGGGCAAGCUUGAAAAAUAUGCCUGGUGGGAAUCAAACCUAUGACCUUUGGAACACUAGCCCAAUGCUCAAUUUUAGACGAUUUCACCUGACUACAUUAAAUUAACCAGCCUAUCUGACCAUGUGUAUAAGCCAUUAAGUUGCAUUGCACCCUGAUGCACCCUAUUUUAUUAUUUUGUUCCAGAUGUCUAAUGAUUUUACUCAUCAAGAGGGAGGGGGGAGGAGCGCUAGCAAUAUCGGUGGGGAUUGAACAUGAAUAUGCAUAAUUUUUAAAAUAUUAAGAACUUAUAAUAAUAUUUGAUAAAACUGUAACUUAUGGUUUAUUUUCAGACGUUUUGCCAGGUUCAGAAAUACAGAAGAUCCUGCCAUUGUUGAAAUCAAAUUUUGAAGCAGAUGAUUUAAACUUGAAAGCAACCCUUCUUGAAUUAACGGCUGAAAUUUGUAAAUCUGGUGUGUUGACUUCCAACUGUAGCAUGCACAAUGGGUAUUGAGACCCCCAUAAUUCACGAUGUAACAACUGGACGACUUCCUCUACUGGGCUAAAAAUAUGCAUCGACAAGAGGAGUACCCAAGGAAAGUCUCAGGUGUUUGGUAAAGUCAAACUAGAAGCACUCUUCUCACAUGCAAAUGAUGGGAGAUUAUAAUCAGGAAACUGCAUAAGAUUCAAUUCUAACACACAGAGAUAUGAAUGGCACAAUCCACACUUGCACAAUUUAACGUGUUUUACCAACAGUCUGAUAAUGGAAACAGUGAAAUAAAACGUCACACAUAUUCUAGACCGCGAGCAGUCCCUUAGGAGGGACCGCCGACAACACAUCAAGAAACAAAAUAUGCCCACUUUUCGCUCUUGUCAAGUUGGCUCCGCCUUUGCAUAAACAUUACUUAUAUCCGAUUAAAUCUAUCCAAUAGGAACUGUUAAAGGUAGGGUACAGUCCGUAUGUAAACAAAGCCUUUGUUUACAUUUCGGUACCGGGUAUUCAAAAUAUUGAACUUUAUUUGACAACUAUUUAUAUAAAUUUGCAUGCUUCUACAGUAUAAGAAAUUAUCAACUACAACAAUCAGGCUUUGCAAGAACAUAAAAUGAAGUUAAAGUGUUUGUAUCACGGCAGGAGACUCCUAUGUGUGCAUGCACAGACCGGACUGCACCAUAUCUUUAAUGACAUGUUUAUUUAUAAAAUCAACAUUCAGUCUGGAAAUUAUUUGUAGCAUAAUUACUACGUAUCAGAUUUAAUUGACAGGCGUAUUGAUUUCAACCAAUGGGAAUUUUGCGUUGUGUGGGCAACAUGUAUUUUGUUUCUUGAUAUGUUGUCGGCAGUCCCUCCUUUCCUUUCGCAUGCCCGGAAAUCUAAACCCGCCGAAAGGAGGGAUCGCUCACAGUCUACACAUAUUCUUACAGUAUAUAUUUCCAUUUAUUACAGAAGACACUCGUCAAUUAUGUGUGGAUGCAGGACUUAUCCCAUGUAUAAUAAACUGCAUUGAAACACAACACCCUGCUGUUGUACUUCAGAUUUUUAGAGCAAUAGGAAAUAUUGCCUGUGACAAUAGUAAGAUCACAUAAUAUUUUUUUGUAUAAUCGUUGCUCACAAACUCGUUUUCCUCCAAUCCAUUCUUCUCAUUUAUGUGACCCUACCAUCCUCAGUCGACUUUCUCGUAUUUUCUUACCCAACUUCGAUCCUUUUCUAAUUCUUUUGUUUUAUUUAAUUCUCAUAAUUCUCACAAUGGUACCUCCUCAUUUCUAACAGAUAAAGCUCGUGAAGAGAUAUUGGAAGCUGGAGGAGUUGAAAAAAUCUUAAACAAAUUGAAAGAACUUCAGAAUGAGGAAGCAAAGCAUAAUUAUGAAACAGGACAUCAUGUUACAGCCUGUGGAGCGGUUCUUAACUUGUCUUUUGAUAAUGGUAACUAUGGUACCUUUAUAUUUAAUGCAACAACAUGAAUUGUUCAUCUUGAAUGAUUAUCUGGUUAUUCCAUCUAUCUGUAGUUUUCAUAGUUAAGAUGAAUUACAGUAAUAUCUCACUGACAAACUAUUUUCUUCACCAAAGAUCAUACAAUCCUCUUUUAAUUAAUAUGAACAGUUUUCCAUUUCAAGAGACAUUACAAAGAGACUUUAUACAGAGUGGAGCAAUCCCAUUGCUACUUCGAUAUGUUGAAGACAAUAUGAAUGACAGUAAACUAUCUUUGAUGGCAACAAAUGCAGUAUCAUGUUUGCUCGACAUGGGUAAGGUGCUUAUACAUAUGGAUUGAAAUGUGCAACUUUAUUGGCACUUGAUAGUUCUGUCACUGUUUUUAUAAUUCAUCUUGUACAGCAACCAAUGUAAAGUUCUGCUAAUGGUAAAUCUUACACAGUCAUGUUGAAACUUGCAGGACUGGCUCUUUACCUUCAAGUCCAUAGGCUACUAUCAAUAUAGUAUGUGUUAUCAACAAUAUUUUUUUUAUGAAACUGCAUUGAUUUAACUGUCUUACAUUUAGAUGAAGGAGUCUCAAGCUUCAUCGCAACCAGAGGUUGUGAAAUAUUUGUAAAAGCAUUGAAACUGUCCUCUGGGGAGCUGACCAUAUCACUUGCUGAAUGCCUUAGGGCAUUAUCUGAAGAAGGUGAUGUCAUCAUGCACAACUUAGGCUAACCAUAGCUGUAGGUUAUGACGACCUUUAAAAAAUGAAGAUGUACAAUUACCGGGCAAAUACUCCACAAGUGUUCUGACUUACAAUAUAAUUUGAUUACAUCCAUCAAGAACAAUCAUCGAUCCAUCUGACAGAGCACCCAUCCCGGUCUAGAAUAGCAUGAUAUACAUUUCUGGGAUUGCAUGCAUGACCACCACCUUCCACCAUCGAAUGCAUACUGAAGCCCACCAAUACACAGAUGAUCAAUUUAUGAUUUAUACAUAAUAUGUAUAAGAAGUGCAACCUUUUCUUUAGAUGGUAUAAAGCAAGCUUUAGUGUCAGAAAAUUGUGUGGACAUUUUACAAGAAAUAGUCUCGACAAAUACAUCUUCCAAUAAUAAGGAUGUGCUGGAGAAAUUGAAAAUAUCAGUUGAUUUAAUAAUUUUGCUACUUGGAGAUGGUGAGUUGGAUAAAUCAAUCGUAAAAUAGACCUCAGGACUGUCAUUAAGACUCUCUAAUAAUUAUAUACUUUGCAAAGAAAUUUUACUAGUAUUGUUGUUAUUUAACAGUCUAUAUGUUAUUUUUAAACAGAUAUCUGUCUAGGUGAACUUUUUGCUGAAGAAAAUAAUAUAUUUAUUGAUAAAAUACUGCUGUGGACACAGUCUACUGAAGCAUAUGUUAGAAAUUCAUGUCCUGUUGCCUUUGGGAAUAUAGCUCGAACAGGUUCGUGAUAUGGCUGACGUUGAACUUGUAUGAUAUUACCCGCUAUGCACUUUGUUUUUAUACUGAGUGGUCAACCAGUUCUACACUAUAUCCCUUCAGUACAAUAAGGAUAAUCCCCAAGUGAUCCAGUGUUACUGCUGGAGGAAACCAUGCAGAGUACCUAGAGAAAACCUAUGCCUUAAGCAGCACUCGCUGCCAACACCCCUGAAAGUAAUAUGAACUAUGGUAUGGAAAGAUAAUAUUUAUCUGCACCUCUCUACCUUAUAGAAUCAAACUGCAUAAGACUUGUAAAAAUGGAAGUGCACCACAAGCUUAUAGGUCUAUUAAGGAACAACUCACAAAAUACGGAAACGGUUUGUACAUGAUUAUGUUGAAUUAUACCCAUUCAAACUGUCCCAUAUCUAAUUGGUCCUAUAUUUUCAAAUGUGUUUAUAAAUAUGUUGCUUUCAUAUUUCAGGACCAAAUUCAGUUACAAGUAUCUGUUUUAAGUGCAUUGAAGAAUCUAGCCAUUCCAGGUAUAGUGCUUGAAUAAAUCGAUCGUAUCUAAAAUCCAAAUGUUCAUUUCAAAAGUGGCAUAUCUAUUCCAACAUCUUUAAUAAUAAAUCUUCAUCUAAAAUGAAGAUUUAAAUGGGAAUGUGGUAGCCUAUUCCGUAUAAUCUAAUGUAUAGAGUACAUCUCUCAUUUUAAAUUGUAGCAAGCAACAAACGUGUCCUAAUAGACGCUGCAGCAUUGGAUUGCACUUUGGAGUUCCUAGGUUCAUCGGAUACUCCAUUACCUCUCGUGUUUCGAGCAACUGCCGUAACACGAUUGCUUGUCCAGGGACAAGGUAGGGAAACAUUGCUACUGCAAAAUUCUACAAGCUGGGUGUCUCCAGCAAACUAUUUGAAAUAAGUUUGAACUUACAAUAUGACUAUUUUAUCAUGAUAUCCUACAAUUAGGUUAGAUUACAAAGAAGGUACUAGACUUCAACCACCGCAGAUACUGUAUGAUAUGCAAUAGAUUUAUGGACUCAGAAAUACUAUUAUUUUCUUUCCCUAUAGAUGCUGCAGUUGACACAGUAUGCUCACAGGAGCAAUGUAUAAUAAACCUGGUAUCAUUAGCCCAGGAUUCUGGCAUUGAAGGACUGAAGUCUGAAGCUUCCAGACUCCUGGCUACAUUGUUAAAGAAUGCCAGGAAAUCUGGUUCGUAAAUAUAAAAAAAACAUAGUAGGAUUUUUAAUUCACAAUAUUAUGUCAAAACUGUUGAAACUCAAUAAAUACUGCUAUUUUCUGGUCAGUUCUCACACUUCAACUAUUUUUCUUGCAGAGUCUAUUUUAGCUGUGGUUAAAAACAAUGGUUUACUACCAGUUGUUACCAUGGUAACAUCAACACAUACGACCAUGCAAAAUGAAGCAUUGGUUGGCAUUGUGCUGGCUGUCAAUGUUAUAAAUAGUAUGUUUUUGUUUUAUCAUUUCUCAGUUUUCCCAACUUAUAUUGCUCCUAAUCUUUUUCAAUCUUAAACCUAAUUACUUUGAAUCGUAACCCUAUUUUUGCAGAUGAGUAUUCACAUAAAAUUGAUGAAAGUAACCUGCUAGCAACCAUCAAUAGUGUGCUAUGUGCAGAAAAUGCCGAACCUCAGACACGAUAUAAUUCAAUAGCUGUUAUUGAGGCCUUAUUCAUUAAAGGUUGGUAUAAUGUAAUAUAAAAUUGUUUCUUCAUCAAAUACUACCAAAAGUAAAAUUCUCUUGUACAAGACAGGCUUAAAUAAUCAGAAGUUAGAUGCAGCAAUAAGAUAUGAAAUGUGAGAAUAGGAUGAAACAGGGAAGAUUUUAAUUAGUCAAAUUAGCAUUGCAUAAACAUUCCAUCGAUAGAAGGAAGACAAACAGUUGGAGGACAGAGGCUGACAUGGAAAGAAAUCACAAGAAGAGACCAGAGGGUACUAAACAGAAUUAAGAGAGGAGGAUACAGUGACUGACUCUAUUUAAAAGCUAGAUAUCUAGAGCAGUUGCCCCCAUUGGGCAGGAAAAUGAAAUAACAUGUUUUGGUUUUUAAUCUAUUUUGCAGGUCUUGUAGAAAAAAGCAAGCUUGAAGAUUCUGGGAUCCUACAAAACCUAGAGACGCUCACAAAUCAUUCCCACGAUGCAAUAAAACAGCGAGCAACAACAGUCAUAAAUAAAAUUAAAAAUCCAUAGUUUGUCAUUUUUUAAAUAAAAUAAAUAAAUUUAUAAAAAUUAAUUGCUUCUAUGCAUGGUAUCUGUGAAUUGUUGGAAAUAUUUAAUGUUUUGCAAAACAAUAGAUCCAGUACAAGAAAUUACAAUACUGCCUUGUGUCACUAUUCUCUUGAAUCUUUCUACCAUAUUUGUUCAACAUAUAUAUGUGUGUCAAUACAUAUAAUUUUCAAAUGUGAGCGGUAUGGGAAACUCUUAUCAUUCAACCGCAACUUUACAUUUACGAUCCAGGAUUACAUUACAUUUUAAGUCCCCAGAGUUUAUAGUUCUUAACAUUUUAAAAGGAUCUAGUUGUUCAAUGUUUUAUGCGACUAUUUAACAAUAUUCUUGUUGAACAGCCGACACAGUCUUAUAAAUAUAGAUAUAUAUAUAUAUAUAUAUAUAUAUAAAAUCUCCAAUAUUUUUAGUAAUUUAACAGUUUUUCACCAUUGAGAUCUCUGCACUCCAGGUAUUAACCCUUUCUCAGCGUAAUACUUGAACAUGAUUCGUGAAAUUCUAAACCGGCCUAUCACGCCUCUGCCUCUAUCAGUAAGCACACAACGAUUUCUAACUCUCGUUAUCGAACUGUCUUUAGGUAACUCGGCUAGCUCGGCUGCAGCUUGCUUGCGUACAGCCGAAGGUAGUAUAUCACACUUACUUAGCAUACGUAAUCUACCUCUCUUUUGUUCGUAUUCUGCAAACAUUUCUCUUCUUUUCUGAUCACGUCUCGCCCAGCGCUUCAGGUAAUUCGGUUUCACAUAAUAUUUAUUACUCGCCACGGAAGUACUGAUGCAUCUUUGAGCCAGAUUUGUUCCGAGUGGACUCUCAAAACCU